CUGAAGUAGGUGUAACGAUAAGGCAGUGUUGCAUGCGCGUGUCUGUUAGGGAGGUGUAAGUAGUACAGAAAAAGAGGGUGUUUGACGUGUUCCCUCAUCAUUCCCCGGGGGGGGGGAGUUGAAGUGCGUGCGACAGUGAUGGGUAGAGAUAGCAGCAGUGGGAAGUUGUUCGCUUUCGUUUAGUGGGAGGUCAGAUCGUGCAGUUCGCGCGGAUCCCCGUUUGACUUCGGCUCUUCUUUGUCUUCACCAUCGUCAUCAUCUUCAUCCUCCUCAACGGCGUGGCAAGUCCUGAUUUCUCUCUAAGCCGCAGAGGCCUCGAGCAUGAACGGCUACGGCUCGCCGUACCUGUACGUGGGGGGUCCGGUGGCGCAGGCGCGCGCGCCGCUCCAGAGGACGCCCAAGUGCGCGCGCUGCCGCAACCACGGCGUGCUUUCGUGGCUCAAAGGCCACAAGCGCUACUGCCGCUUCAAGGACUGCACGUGCGACAAGUGCAUCCUGAUCAUCGAGCGGCAGCGCGUGAUGGCGGCGCAGGUGGCGCUCAGGCGGCAGCAGGCCAGCGAGAGCCUGGAGAGCCUGAUCCCGGAGGCGCUGAGGACCCCCGGAGCCGAGCUGCGCUGGAGCGGAGAGGGGCUCAGCACGCAGCCCGGACCAGAGCUGAAUGAGGACCUGUCCGGCGAGCAGUCCGGUGGAGAGAACAGUGGCAGCACAAGCGACCGAGAGCAAGAAACUGCCAGUUCCCCGGAGGAACCCAAACCCAACCCCUGCUAUACCCCUAACACCCCGGAACCUCCUUCUCAUCCUGAAGAGCCCCGCUACAGUGCUUCCAAACCCUGCACCGAUCCAGAACCCAAACCCGACAGCCCAAAGUACCCCAGUGAGCCCAACCUCUUAAUUGAGGGUCUUUCGGGUUCCGUCUCCCUCCCUUUCAACCUCAGAGCCAACCGUCCUCCUCUAGAGGUGCUGAAAAAGAUCUUCCCUGGCCACAAGCCGGCCGUGCUGGAGCUCAUCCUGAGGGGCUGCGGGGGUGACCUAGUUGGUGCCAUUGAGAUCCUUCUGUCCAGCCGCUCCUCAGCGAAAGUGGACAAGCCCUCUCCCGAUGGUUCUGAAGCUCUGGUGCUUCCCUCCAAUGGGCAUCUCUUCGAGCACCCUUUAAGCUCAUAUCCUGUCUCUUCCACCAAGUGGUCGGUGGGCUCAGCUUUCCGUGUUCCUGAUUCAUUACGCUUUUCUCCGGAGUCACCCACCGGUGGAAUGGUGCCUGGCCCCCUUGGUGUCCCGCUUCAGCAUGGCUUCCCCCAGCCACCCCGUUACCCACUGAUGCUGCGCAACUCACUGAGCCGCGGCCAGGCAGGAGGGCCUUUUGUACACAGCGACGUGACUCUAUGGAAUACCAUGACCCUGCAGCAGCAGUACCAGCUCCGCUCCCAGUACGUCUCGCCCUUCUCGGGCCCCUCACCCGGGGCGUUUCGCAGCUCACCCAUCCUGACCUCAAGGGCGGCACAAGAGGAACAGCGAAUUAGUGUCCAAGAGGAUGGCUGUCCCGUCACGGCCAAACAGACGAUAUAUGCAGCUGAUGAGGAAUAUGAUGAGAGAUCUGAUUCCUCAGACUCAAGGAUCCUCAACACAUCCUCUUAACCUCCGACUGUCAGUGAGGAAAUCUACAAAGAUACCAAAAUGUGUCACAAAUGGGACUACACUGACAAAAGACAUCUGGCAGAUCUUGCCCUUGUAGGAGCUUUAUGAGAAAUAUACUGUACAUUAUUUGAGGUAUUGUGUUGCUCUCUGAACUAAGGUGUUUGUGCAGUGCAAUGUAGGGAUGUAAUAGUACCCUUCUUAGCAGCUCCCACAUUUACAAUCACCAGUAUGAUCUGUUAAAGUAUGAAUGACUGAACAUUACUUGGCCAGUAAUAACCACUAAUUCCCCCUUGCAUGAAAUGUACUGUAAAUAGCAAUGCAACAUAGAAAUAACCAACAAUAAAGCAUGGAAAGUGUAUACCAAAUAAACCCAGUUGGAAUUGUCACUGUCAUUUAUUUACGUGAAAUGAAUAUCAACAAGAUGUGAAUGAAGAAAAUGGAUCUUAUUUAAUAUUGUAAAUAUAAAUGAGAAACAGUAGCUCUGUUGGUCAGGUGACUGUAUUUCUGAGAAUAGUUGUGUACAUAAAAUAUAAUGAUUGAAUAAACAGUCUAAAACAUCUCUUUUCAUCUCAAGUACAUUAGCUUUUCUGUUUUCCACUAGUUGUCCCUAUUGACAAUAAUAUUCACUCAUAACCUUUUAUGCAGAAUUUCAAUGAGAAAAUCGCUCCGAUUACAGUAAUUUCCGACAACUAUGACACAGCUUUAAUUAGCCGAAAGGUCAUUUCUGGACUGUAUAAAAUAACCCCAGAAAUAAAGCAGGAAUAUGAA